CUCUCUCUCUGCCUCUCUGUGAAAAUUUGAUGGCUAUACUCUCAACAUGUUGGCUAAUUAUAGAAUCCAUAGUGAUUCGAGAUGGUUUCUUGAGAUCGUCUUAUCUGAAACUAUACAUGCACCCUGUUGUUCUGUUUCUUUGUCAACUUCUUAUAUGGCUCUAUCUCUUCUUUUUAUGGCUUCACCCAUCUUUUCAAACGUUAUAUAACGCCUUUUCAUCGGUCUUGGUCACGUUCUCUAAGCUAUUUACUAGUUUUCUCCAAGUCAUGAUAGUUAGAAGGGAGGCUACAUGUACCAUUGAGCCUAGGAAAGAGAUCAAGAACACCCUUAAUAACUUGGAACUUUCUAGAAGUAUUCAUAAUCCGAUUCCUGCCUUUAGCUUUUCUUUUAAAUAUCAAGUGGAUACUCAAUUAAAAGUUCUUCUAGCUCUGCGAGAAGGCAAGAUUCUUGAAGAGGAAGACGAUUUUUUCUACGAAUUUGAUCAAGAAGGUGAGCUUCUUGAUACGGAGGGCGAGGAGGAAGAGGAAAAAGACAUUGAUGAUGACAUUGUUGAUGCUGUAAACAUGGAGAACAAUCUUGAGUUCGAAAUCCAGACGACUAUGCCACUAGAUCAAGGAGAUGAAUAUUCUAUAACCAGUGAUGAAGAAGAAGAAGAUAUCGUAAACUCAGACGUGGAGAAUGAUGAUCUAUCUUCUCUAGUAGCUAGCGAUAGAGAUCAUCAUCCCUCGCCUUCAUCUAUUGCAAGCUUGGAUUCAGCGUGCCAAGAUUCAGUUGUGAUAGAGAAUCAAACACAUCGAGUUGUUGAAGAUGAUGAAACUGAUCAAGUAUACAAGAAGUACUGCGAAAGAAUGAGAUGGUAUGACAUACUCAGCCGUGAUAGAACCUAUGGCCUAAGUGUGAUCACGAACCAAAUGACGGCAAGUAGUUUGCGCUCAUGGGGGGAAACGGCAGAGAAGAGGCUAAAACAAAGCAUAGAGAAGGACCUUGAGCUAGUUUAUGUUGCUCAGUCUUGCUUAUCAUGGGAAGCUCUUCAGCAUCAGUACAUUACAGUGAGAGAUAGUACAAAACCCGCUGAUUCGAGAGGUGGGUUACAUGACGUUAUCUCUAGAGAGUUCCAAAACUUUCAGGUCUUGUUAGAGAGGUUCUUGGAAGAUGAAAGGUGCCAAGGAAAAAGAGUCUUGAGCUUUGUUCAAAGGAGAUUUGAGUUGAUGAGCUUCUUUCAAGUCCCUCGACUUUCAGGUAAUUACUUUAUUUAAUUGUCACAAAUAUCAAGCUAGAAUUUUCAAAUACUUUUCUUGGGUGGGUGG